AUGUUCCCCUCUGCUGCACUCUUUGCUGAAGUAGAUUGCCCCUUUCUCCUCUGGGGCCGAUGUGAGCGACCCUAUUGUGUGUACAAGCACACCAAAGAGACCAAAGAGGAUUGUACACUGUCUGUUUGUGGUGGUGCAACUGCAACAGGCCAUGGAGAUCACGGUGCCACCAGCAGAGCUUUUCACAACCAGGAGGAAGAGAGCAACACUUGUCUUUUGGAGUUGGAAAGAAUCAACAAACAGAUUGAAGCAGUCAGGAAUGAAGUGGAGAAAGAGCAAAAGAGACUGUCCCGGUACCAGUCCGAGCAGGCGGAGAGCGCUAGUGCUAACUCCGAUGAAUAUUUUAAGUCUAGACCGGCUGUUUCUAAAGACCAGAAUGGAAACCGGCUUAAAUAUAAAAAGACAGCUGCUUAUCCCUCUGCUUGCAAAUAUGUGGUUGAUCGUACCAGACCUAAAACCGAUCUGGAAUAUGACCCUUGUUCAAAUUUCUCUUCUGACCUGCGAUCUGGCAGCUCAAAAGAUAAAAUGAAGUCAACCAAUAAAGCAGAUCUGGAAUGUCAUCAGAGAGCCAAAGGAACUGCAAAGAGUGCAUGUGUGGAUCCAGUUCAGCAGGCAUCUUGUAGUUUUGAGGAUUCUGAUGAUGAAGGCACACUUGUCAUUGACAUUCCACCUCUUGAAAAUAACACAAUGCACAGCAGACCUCAGCAAAGCACAGCAACUAAUAAAGACCUUGCUUAUGUGGGAAAUGAACCGGGAAGUAAAAGGCCUUCAAAGAAAUGCACUGAUGGUAAAAAGGUAACUGGAGAAUAUUCAGAGGUACCACCUUUGGAAAAGAACAAUGAAAAGUUUAGGUCCACAAAGAAGAGCACAGCUAGCGCCAUGAAACUGCUGGAUUCACCUGAGAGAAAUCUUGUAAUUAAUAUGCCUAACCAGCAGAAUGAGAUGGGAAAGUCAAGGCAUUCCAGGCUUCAAAGAAAAGGGUCUUCUGAUGGGAUGCACAGUCUUGUAGAUGAAAAGAAACCCUCAAUUCACUGCACAAUGGCCAGUGAAGAACAUGAGCCAACCAAGAGGCUGGUUGUCAGUGAUGUAGAAAAUGAGCAAAAGAGCUUGAAGCUAAGCUCAGACAGCACUAAAAGUGGCAAAUGCAAAGAAGAGACCUCAAAACACCAACUGACUGAAACAGAAAAUCCUCUAGAACCUUGUGAAAAUGCUCGGCCUUCCUCAUUUGCAGAUAUUCCAGUGUCUCUGCCUGCAAACAGUGUGAACCUUGAUGGUUAUGAAGAAAGAACCCAAAACAUUGAAAAUGUCCUAGAUGACAUCUCCCGAUGCCUCGACCACCUGAGAAGUGAAAGUGAGAGCAUCACCUGCCUUCCUGAUGUCGAGGCUUUCCUUCUUGACAAUAUCCCUUCUGCAGCUGACUGUUCCAAGACGGAUGGUGAUCUUUUUCUACAGUCUGCCAAAGUUGGUGCACAAAGUGCGAAUGCUGGGAGAACAGGAGUCGAGGUGCAACAAAACAGCCUUUCAAAUUGUGCUCAAAAAGUAGAGACCUUGCCCCUUAAGCACCCACCACAGGCCCCGCAAGAAAUGAUGGUGUUUCAGGAGUACUUCCCUACCACAUCAUCUUUCCCAGCUGUGACCAAGGAGCCUGAGACUGGCAUCACCUAUGGAAUAGGCAGUCCUUCGCAGACCUCUUCACCUGCUUUAAUGGAUGCAGCCUAUAAUAAAGUCAUAGAAAUUGAGUCUAGCUCCUCAGAGGAGCUCAAUUACUCGGACCUAGACCUUUCAGAGACUGAUCCAAUGGAAGAGUGCUACAAAAUCUUCAUGGAGGCCAACGGGGCUGAAACUCCUACAGCUCAAUGUGAUGAGCUGGUAAGUGGAUGGUCUGUGAAGCCAUCUCCUACUCAGAGGAAAAGAGUAGCCCAUGUGGCAAAGUUUGAGCAGGUCAGUAAGACCAAAGCGCAGGUUAUCGUGCCUCUUAGAGAUGGAGGCUCACAGCUACCCAUUCCAAGCCGGAGUCAGCAGUGCCAGAAGAGAGCAACAGCGCUUACAGCAGCAAUGAAAGGAUCCCAGUCCUUUAUUGCAGCCAGUGCACCCAAGAGAGUCUUCACACCUACUGUUAUAGCUCCAAGCCCUGUACCAAAUGCCUAUGUGAACAUCCUCCCGGUUGGUGCGACCCUACGACUAGGCUCAAACCUGCACUUGAUCAUCCCUGAAGGCCAUUGUGCUUUACCGGUCACUCUAAUUCCAGCUACUGUUCCUGUAACACGUCCACUUCAUCAGCCAGUUCAGAACCUACAGCCUGUACAGCCUGCACAACCAGCCAACUACACACCUGCUAAGUCAAUUCCCACCAAGCGCAAAGCGAAAGGGCGUCCAGAGGUCGGAGUGAAGGUUCCACAUGAUGUGCGGCAGCGAUAUGUGAACCUGUUUGUGGAGGAGUUCUUGAAAUCAUCUGCCACGGUGCAGGAUGCCUUUGAGAAGGCUCUGGCAGAAGAGAAGACCGUGUUUGACCGCAGCGUCAAUAAAUUAAAGUAUCUAAGCAUAGCAGUCAAUGCUCUCAAGAGACUUAAAAACCAAAACGCUGCUCCUGCCAAAUUUACCAGUGAGAGAGAUGCACAGGCAUCUAGAGGAAAUGUGCCACUCAAUACUCAAGCACUCCUGGGUAAGAGUGAUGAUGCACUAUAUGAUCAGCUGAAGGAGCAUAUUCUAACUGAGGCCAUGUUGAGGGAGAACAACUAUCCUCGCAAACACCCAGACAAAACUGGCUUUGCCGUUAAAUAUGGAGACACCAAGAAGGGCAAUAGUGAUGCUUACAGGAAGAUUUGCUGUCGCUGUGGAACAUCUUUCUCUGUUAGCCAGACAGGAAAGCACACUCGCAAGGAGGAGUGCAACUAUCAUUACGGGAAAAUCAUAGAAAACAGAGUGCCUGGAGGAGUGGAGACGCGCUAUAGCUGCUGUGAGAAUGCUGUUGGUGCACCUGGAUGCCAAGUGUUCAAGCUCCAUGUUCAUGAUGCAGUAAGUCUUCAGGGCUUCGUGAGCAGCCUUCCUCAGACUCGUGUAGGCUGUCCAGGGAUUUAUGCAAUAGAUACUGUUAUGUGCUACACCACUCAGGGUCUAGAACUGGUGAGAGUCACUGUGGUCAACAGCAGUCUGCAGGUCAUCUAUGACACCUUUGUUAAACCUAACAAUGAGGUCAUUGACUACAACACCAGGUUCUCCGGGGUCAGUGAGGAUGACGUGAAGGGCAGCAGCUCAUCUUUACAAGAUGUACAAGCUGUGCUUUUGAGCUUCAUCAGUGCGGCCACCAUUCUGGUCGGGCAUGGUUUGGAAAAUGACCUGUGUGCUCUCAAACUUCUCCACAGCACGGUGGUUGACACAUCCGUGGUGUUCCCCCACCGGCUGGGUCCGCCGCACAAGAGAGAGCUCAACAGCCUGACGGCAGAGUACCUCAGGAGGAUAAUCCAAGAGAGCGUGGAGGGGCAUGACUCCCGCGAGGAUGCUGUGGCCUGUAUGGAGCUCAUGCUGUGGAAAGUGAAAGAGGAUGCUAAAGUGAAAAGAUGGUGA